CCAGCCCAGCCCGAGCGCCGUGGCAUCCGAGCGGGAGCCGGAGCCCGAGCGGGACCGGAGCUGGAGCCGAAGCUGGAGCCGGCACUGCGGCGCACGGAGCGGAGCGCCGCAGCCAAGCCGAGUGAGUGGAGGGGGCUUCCCCCUCAAGAAGUCAGAGCUGUGCUCGUGGGCAGGCUGGCUCCGCUGUUCUGCUCCAAGGAUUACAUGUCCUUCAAACGCCCUUGCCCUUUAGCACGAUACAACCGUACCAGCUACUUCUACCCCACCACGUUCUCCGAGAGCUCUGAGCACAGCCACCUGCUAGUGUCUCCAGUGCUGGUGGCAAGCGCUGUCAUAGGUGUGGUCAUCACUCUCUCCUGCAUCACCAUCAUCGUGGGAAGCAUCAGAAGGGACAGGCAGGCCCGGAUCCAGCGACACCACCAUCGCCAUCGCCGCCACCAUCACCAUCACCGCCACCGCCGGCACCGACACCGAGAAUACGAGCAGGACCACGCAUCGGGAGGACACACACACAGCCACUCCAGUCACAGGAUGCCCUAUGCCUGUAGCCCUGCUGAGGACUGGCCCCCGCCCUUGGACAUCAGCUCUGAGGGGGAUGUGGAUGUCACCGUGCUCCGGGAGCUGUACCCAGAUUCUCCACCAGGCUAUGAAGAAUGCGUGGGACCAGGGGCCACUCAGCUGUAUGUCCCCACGGAUGCACCACCACCCUACUCGAUGACUGACUCCUGCCCCAUGCUGAGUGGUGCCCUUGACUCAGACAGAGGCCACGGCCACAGCCAUCGUCAGCAAGAGCAGAGGACCUGGGGUCAGAGUGGCCUCCACACUGUCUCUAUGGACACGUUGCCACCUUAUGAAGCCGUGUGUGGAGCAGGCUCUCCAUCUGACCUGCUGCCAUUGCCAGGACCAGAACCACGGCCAACUAACUCCCAGGGCUCACCCACCCCAGCCCAGGCUCGGAUCCCCAGCCCUGAAAGGAUAGUGUGAGUGACCGAGCCUAUAAGUCCCACUGGUUCUUCCAGGCUACCCCAUCUCUUCCAGGUACACAAGUGUGCACACAACUCAUGAACAUGCAUAUUUAUAACUACAAAUAUAUACUGACAUACCCCAAGUGCAUACACUGACACAUCCCACACAUAUGUAGACACCUGUACAUGCACAGGUCCCACUACCACACAAACUCACCUGGGAAGGUUUUCUUUAGAUGAACUGUUCCCUAUCUGGUAUCUCUUCCUCCCCAACCUGGUGCCUGGUGGUAGUGCCUCUCUAAACAGUGCUGGGCAGAGGUAAGAGAUAGGAAGCCCUACUUUCUACCUUCUCCCCAGCCUUCUGUAGGCUGUGGCCACAAUCUGAUUCUCCUGCAGAGACUGCUUGGUCAGCUUCCUGCCAUAACUCCUACCCCAGGGUGUAUCCUACUGGGAGCUGAGACAGGUCCCAGUGAGGUCCCACUGUGCACUGUGCCUAUCUCUCAACUCCAGGGAAGAAGAGCCGCAAUGUCACCAUCCUGCCACUUACAAGGUGGAGAAAAACAGGUCUGGUGGCUUAGGCAUGACCUGGAGGUUCUCAUAGCCCAUUUAGCCUGUCUCGAUGUCCUCAGUUUGGCGGUGCUAGUGGGGUUAGCUCAGACACCCACCCUAAGUUUCAGGGGGAGACAGGCCCUUGGGCAUGUGUCAUGGAGGAACAUCACAGUUUUUCUUAUGUCCGUGCCAGGAUUGAGAGCUCAAGAAAAACAAGGUGUGGGUAGCCGCCCCUCGCCCCAUGCUGCCUAGACACCACUCAGAGGAGGCACAGAGGGCCCACUGCUCAAUAAGUGCCCGACCAGCCCUGGCAACCUGAGUCUAAGAGAUCUCAAGCCAACCCAAGAGCCAGCGCUGUCAUCCAGGGUGGCAACUCACAGCUGGGAACUGACUUGAUGAAUUCUGGCCUUGCCUCUUUGGGGCAUAUGCAGAGACAAAAACAAAACAAAACAAAACAAACCACAAAACUCCAUGUCACUAUGAGAAGACCAAUGUCUGCUGCCAACAUCCCAUCAUGAAAGCAGGUGUGUGGAGACAGCCAGUUGGAGAAAGGCUCAGAUAUUAGCCUGCGAGCUCCAGUGAGCUCCGUCAAAGACUAUAUAAGGUGACAAGGCAAUCUCUGAAGACCCAGCUUGCCAAAGCUAAGCACCUUUGAGGAGUAUCCCACAGCUCUGCCGCUGGCACUGGCGGCGGGCAGUGAGACCUCCUGCCUCCUGACUCCUACCCUCUGUCAGUCAUCCCAAAGCAGCGGACCUAUCCCCACUGACCCCCUUCCCACAUUCAAUUCCUCCAAUGAAGGGCUAAGAAAAUUCAGCAAUCCCUUUCCUAAGCAGAGGGGUGGCAAGGAUGGCUAUCUUGAUUUUUAUUUUCUAUAGAAAUUGCAUUUAUUCCGAUGCAGAGCCGAAAGAAAGGGCCCAACCCACAGGCUCUGUAGCAUCCCGCGGGCAGCAUCCUAGAGUCACAGGCCUGGGGGAGGGAACCUUGUUUACAAGCACUUCUGCCCACCUUUGAGAUGUUGUGCUUUCUAGGCAAAGAUGUCUGUCUGUUGUACUGUAUAGCCUUUAAAACGCACCCCAAGGAUGAAACUCUUUUAAGAACGGCAGCGUGUUUCUACAGUGCUCUGGAAAGUGGUGGGGGAAGAAAAACAUCCCUGCCUACUCAAAGGGCUGGAGGGAUCUGCAGAACAGCUUUUCUUCCUCGAUUAGGCUGAAUAGGCAACAAUGUAUCU